CUUAAAUUAAGAUGUCUUUGCAGAGUAAGCUUGGAACCGCAUGUAUCAAUGUACGAUUUACCAACGCAUUUUAUGUGGAGUUAUAAAGUACUGUUUAAAAAGUUUUUAAAUAGUCAGAAUGGCUAGUAAAAGUGUAGAUACCGAUACACCGCAAAUUCAAAUUCGUUUUGUUACAAAACAACAACAAUAUGCUGUUCCAGAUACCCCUCAUUCAGUGCCUGCUACAUUACUUGCAUCAGAAUUAAAUGCACUUGUAAAUAAACUUUUAGAAGAACCAAGUGGUAUCAGCCAUGAAGUAGAAUUUGAUUUUCUGGUAUGCUCUGAAUUUUUGAGAACUUCUUUAGCUGAACAUAUUGGAGAAAGAGGUGUUUCAGUAGAAGAAGUAAUUAAUGUAGAAUAUAUUGUCAAACAUCCUCCUCCUGAACCACAAGACUGCCUCAUACAUGAUGACUGGGUAUCUGCAGUUGCAGUAUGUGAGAAAUGGAUUCUUAGUGGGUGUUAUGACAAUACAAUACACCUCUGGACAGCAAAAGGAAAACAUCAUUUAACAAUUCCAGGACAUACUUCACCUAUAAAAGCUGUGGCAUGGAUAUCAUUAGAUGAUGAAACAGGAACUUUUGUAAGUGCAUCACAUGACCAAACUGCAAUCUUAUGGAAAUGGAAUGUCGAAAAUAAUUCUGUAGAAAGUAUUCAUAUUUGUAAAGGACAUGAACGUGGUUUAGAAGCUGUGGGGGUGAAUAAUACAAGCAAUCUAAUGGCUACUGGUUCUUGGGAUACAAUGUUGAAAAUUUGGUCAACUUCCUUACAAGAUGAAAAUGAAGAUGGUGAAUCUGUUUCGAAAAGGAAAAAGACUGACUGUACUAAAACAAGAGCACCUUUAAGAACCAUGAAAGCUCACAAGGAGGCAAUAAGUGGUGUAGUAUGGUCUGAUAAAACUGAAAUAGUGACGUCAUCUUGGGACCACACACUGAAACUUUGGGAUACUGAGUUAGGAGGAAUAAAGCAUGAACUAAUGGGAAAUAAGAGUUUUUUCGAUGUCGAUUAUUCCGAUCUAUCUAGAACACUUGUUACUGCUUCAGCAGAUAGACAUGUUAGAUUAUAUGAUCCGCGAUCAACAGAGGGUGCUAUAGUAAAAUCUAUGUUUACCUCACAUACACAAUGGGUACAAUCAGUUCGCUGGUCUACAAUUGAAGAAUAUCUUUUCAUGUCUGGUGCAUAUGACAAUAACGUUAAAUUAUGGGACACUAGAAGUCCCAAAGCUCCACUAUUUGACCUUACUGGACACGAGGAUAAGGUAUUGACUUGUAAUUGGUCUAAUCCAAAGUUUCUGGUAUCUGGAGGAGCUGACAAUACAGUUAGAGUGUUCAAAUCCAAAUAUGCUCUUAAAUAAAGUAAUGAUAAUUCAAAAUUUUUUUAUAAUUUAUACAUAUGAUGACUGUAAUAGAUGUAUUCUGUAGAUUAUUUCUUUUUAUAUAAUAUUAUGAUAAAAGUAUAUUUAUUUAAAAUUGUGAAAUCAGUUACACCAG